CAGCCAAAAGGGCAAAGUGCAAACUAGCAGCCGAGGAAAGGAGAGGACACAGAUUACAAGAAUUGUGACACAGACUUGCUUAAAAACGCUCUCUCUCAGCAGGGAUCAUUGAUUGAAACACUGCCUCUGUCUCAGCCUGUGGACCACCGACUGAGCCCGAGGCUGGAUGACCAAGAUUUUCCACCUGAGCCCCAGCAGAAGAUUUGUCCAGUGGUAACCAUGACAACUGCGGAGACACCUAACAGACUGUGGCAACGAAACAUCAAGCCCCGUCACUCAGAUGAGAUCUCUGGUCAUGAUGGAGACCAUAAUAAUGUACAAGAAGAAGAAGAUCUAAGACAGUGGCAGAAACAUGCACAGAAGUUGAAGGUGAAAGUCCUGGAGCAGGUCCAGGAUCAGCUCAGUGAUUUACUAGACAUAGCUCUGACUGAGUCCGUCCAGCCUUUUACCCGAAUACAGCCAACAACUAAUGGAAAGACGACAAAAGGUCCCUCAUCCAGAUCUCAGAGAAAGGAUGACGGCAAAGUGUUUGUGGACAGGCCAUCGAUGUUGGAUGAACUAUUUGAAAUCAGCCACAUCAGGACCAUCUACCACAUGUUCAUCGCCGUACUCCUCAUCUUCUUCCUGAGCACGCUGGCUGUGGACUACAUCGACCAGGGCAGGCUGGUCUUGGAGUUCGACUUGAUGUUCUUUGCCUUUGGGAAGCCAGGGACGGUCGCCUGGGCCUGGGUUGUGAUGUUUGUUUACACCCUGCUUGUUCCCUACUACACCCUAGUGGUCUGGGGAUCUUUGUAUCACAGCUUCCCCUCUAAACUGGGCCUGUCUCUCGGCACGAUCCUGGUCCUCUCUGUAGUGCAGAUCUGCGUACUGGGGAUGUUCCCAAUCCACGUGGCUGUGCACUACCAGCUGCCACCAGCCUCACGGUUGAUUGUGAUACUGGAGCAGAUUCGAUUCCUGAUGAAGAGCUACUCGUUCAUGAGAGAAACCGCUCCUGUUAUUAUGAAGAAUACACCAAAGGAAGGAGAAAGUCCCAGAUUCCCAACACUUUCCAGCUAUCUGUACUUCCUCUUCUGUCCAACACUCAUCUACAGGGAGUCAUAUCCUCGGAAUACCCACAUAAGAUGGAAGUAUGUUGGCGUCACGCUUGGUAUGCUCUUAGGAUGCCUGUUUUACAGCAACUUCAUCCUGGUCCGCCUCUGUGUGCCCGUCUUCAGACCGGAGACCAACCAGCCUUUCAGUAAACGAAACAUGAUUCUGUCUGUGUUCAACUCUAUAUUACCAGGUAUAAUGCUCCUUCUGUUGUGUUUCUUUGCCUUCCUGCACUGCUGGCUCAACCUCUUCGGGGAGCUGCUGCGUUUCGCUGACAGGAUGUUUUACAAGGACUGGUGGAACUCGACGUCUUUCACCAACUAUUACCGAACCUGGAAUAUAGUGGUUCACGACUGGCUCUAUUACUACGGAUACAGAGACUUCCUCUGGCUGUCGAACAGGAAAUUCCGAACAGCUGCCAUGUUCUUCGUGUUCAUCGUCUCUGCCGUCGUGCAUGAGUACGCCUUGGCCAUAGCCUUCGGCUUCUUCUAUCCCGUCUUGUUCUGUCUCUUCGCCUUCUUUGGAGUGAUGUUCAACUUUACCAUGAAUGACAAGCGGCAGAGCCCCGUGUUCAACGUCAUCAUGUGGACGUGUCUCUUCCUGGGUCAGGGUGUCCAGGUGUGUCUGUACUGCCAGGAGUGGUACGCUCAGAUACACUGCCCUCGGACAGGGAAUGGCUUCUGGGAGAUGGUGACACCUCGAUCGUGGUCCUGCAACUCCCAGAGAUGAUGCUGCGCUCAGACAGCAAGCAACAUGAAAGAGAUGUAAAUAUACAUACAAGGUUUUCUGCUUUUAGUGUGUAAAGACUCUACUUUUAUUUUUGUAUUGUUAUCCAUAAGUGUAUCAACUCUGAAUCAUUCCAAGUUUUUAUUUUCACUGAUAGUAUUAAAUACUGUUUGAUAACUCACUUUCGGUAACACUUUCUAUGACGUCAAUGUCUAUAAUGCAUAAUAAACAUACUUAUAAUGUGUUAUAAUCUGCUUAUAGAACUGUAUUAUUAUAGUUAUAAGCACGCAUAAAUAUUAAUAAUACUUUAUAACACUAAUCACAUCACAUUAUAAACAUUUCAUAAUGACUCAAGUAUCGUAAUAUUUCAUAAUUGCUGGUCAUACAAUAUACAUUAUAAGAUUUUUAUAAUGAUUUAUAAUCACUGUUAUAAUGCAUUAUAAUGUGAUUAUAAGUACUCUAAGUGGUCAUUGUUUGCCUUAAGUGAAGUAA